AUGUUGUCCCUUUUGUCCGUUUCACUUGAAACUAUACACAGUUUGGAUGAAACCACUACUUUCCUCUUCGUUUGCAGGUCGCCCAAAACAGGACUAUAUGCAAACCUGCAGCAAUUUAAUUUGCCCUAUCCCGAGGCCAUUUUCGACUUGGGUUUCUUUAAACGCCGUCCCAAGGCCUUCUACACACUGGCUCAAGAACUCUAUCCCUCUGGCCGAUAUCGUCCCAACGUCACGCACUACUUCCUUCGAAUGUUGCACGAAAAAUCCCUACUCAAACGCGUGUAUACUCAGAAUAUCGAUGGCCUCGAACGCGGUACGCUCUAUUCCCUGCCUCUUUGUGCACUUGUUUCGGACCUACACUUCUGUGGCUAA